AUGGCCUCCAAAGACGCCCCAGAAGCCAGCCACCCUACACACGAAGGCGAUAUUAAAGAGAUCAGCAAGAUUCAAAGUUCGAGCCAGAGUCCCAAGUCUCCCGUCCAGAGCGCAACAGAUGAUGAAGUCCAUGGCAAUGCGCCUAAUGAGAAGUCCAUCGACACCAACUUCCAGGCCGGCGUGCAAAAGGCCGAGGCUGUGACCAUUGCUUGGUCGCGGUCUGCCUUGGUCACGGCAUAUGCCUUCAUCUGGCUCGUCUACUUUGUCCAGGGCAUUGUGACUGGCGUGAGCGGCGCUUUGAUUCCCUACGUCACUUCCGACUUUGCCGCACACUCUCUCAUCCCGACAACCAGUGUAGUGAGCCAGGUCAUUGGCGGCGUCACAAACCUGGGAAUUGCGAAAAUCCUAGACGUCUUUGGCCGGCCCCAUGGGUUCUUGAUGUGCGCACUCCUCGCCACUAUCGGGUUGGUGAUGGCAGCCUCGUGUAAUGGCGUAGAGGCGUACGCUGCCUCCCAGGUAUUCUACACAAUCGGAACCAACGGUCUUGGAUACUGUCUUAGCGUCUUCAUUGCCGACACGUCGUCUCUCCGUCACCGCGGUCUCAUGCAAGCCCUGCUCAACUCUCCAUACAUCAUCACUUCGUGGCUUGCAGGCCCCAUUUCUACAUCAUUCCUCAAUCAUGCUGGCUGGCGUUGGGCCUUUGGAAUGGAGAGCAUACUCGUGCCAGCCAUCGCUGUCCCGCUCUUUUGGCUCUUUAUAUUUCACUACAGGAAAGCCAAGAAAGAGGGUAUCGUCCCAGCCCGUCCGCAGAGUGGACACACGCUACACCAGUCCAUCGUGCAUUAUAUGCACGAAUUUGACGUCGUAGGGCUGUUGCUGAUUUCUGCUGGCUUUGCCUUCUUGCUCUUGCCGUUCAAUCUGUACACCACAGAGGCCAGGGGCUGGGGUUCUGCCCUCAUCAUCUGCUUCCUCAUCUUUGGGGUCUUGCUGAUUGCUGCAUUUGUUGCAUGGGAAAGGUUCUUUGCCCGGAUCUGUCUGACCCCCUGGUCGACUCUUCGAGACCGUACAGUUCUCGGCACUUGCAUGGUGGGCUUCGCCCUCUUUGUGAGCUCAUCAUGCUGGAACGGAUAUUUCAGCUCGUUUCUACAAGUUGUCAAGGGUCUGAGCGUGGCCAACGCUAGCUAUAUUGUCCAAUCUGGCACUGUGGUGCAGAUCCUAGCCAACAUUGUGGCUGGAGCGACAAUCUCGUACACUGGGCGCUACAAGCCCAUUAGUCUGUACCUUGGAAUACCUCUGAUUGUACUCGGUACAGGGUUGCUUAUCCACUUCCGUCAACCAGACCUACACGUGGGCUAUCUGGUCAUGUGUAGCAUCUUGCUUAACUUUGGCUUUGGCAUCCUGAUGCUCACAGUCGAGGUCGGCAUCCUCGCUGCCGCUGCAGAGCAACAGUACUUCGCCAUUACCAUCGCUUUGCUGAACCUCUUCAGUUACAUUGGCAGUGCCGUUGGGUACUCGAUCUCUGCUGCGAUCUGGCAGGGCACGAUCCCCCAGAAAUUAGCCCUUUAUCUCCCCCCUGAGAGCCAGGAGAAUCUCACGGCAAUCUACAGCUCCAUUGAAGAACAGUUGUCCUACGAAUGGGGCUCACCUACACGGUUGGCGAUCCAGCAUGCAUAUGGGGAUGCAUGGCGGUACUUGGUCAUAACCGGCGUGGCGGUCUGGGCCAUAGGGCUGGUGGCAAUGCUUGCCUGGAAGGAUAUGAACGUCAAGGGCGUCAAACAAAACAAAGGCUACGUCGUUUAG